GCAUGGCGCUGCAGAGCGUGGCCGCCCAGCCUCUGCAGCUGCACCCCUCCCCACAGAUCCAGCAGCCUCUGACCAUCCACGCGCAGGGCAUCUCUCCUCAACAGUUCCUGACCACCACCAGCGCCACUUCUGUAGCCCAGCAAAUCCAGCAGCUGCCGGUUCUGCUCCAGCCUCAUUUCAUCAAGGCGGACUCUCUGGUCUUUACAACAGUGAAGACGGACGGAACGGUGAUGUCGGGCGUCAAAACGGUACCGACCACCACAACAAUCCAGACCACGCCUCUGCAGAUGCCGACCUUGAUGAGUGGAGGAACCAUAUUAACCACGCUGAUGGUGGACGCCGACAAGCUGCCCAUCAGCCGUAUAACUCCCAACGGAAAGAUGGCUAUGUUGAACUGCAAGGGUGAAAAACGAACCGCGCACAACGCCAUCGAGAAGCGCUAUCGAUCCUCCAUCAAUGACAAGAUCAUUGAGCUGAAGGACCUUGUGGUGGGAACAGAGGCCAAGCUGAACAAGUCGGGCAUUUUGAAGAAAGCCAUCGACUAUAUUCGUUAUCUGCAGCAGAAUAACAUCAAACUUAAGCAAGAGAACAUCCUGCUCAAAAUGGCUGCCCAGAAAAACAGUACUUUGAAAGACAUUGUGGCGGGCACCGGGGUUAAUAUGGAAGCCAUGAAAGCAGAGAUGAUGGAUGUCCUCACGCCACCCCCUUCGGACGUGGGAUCUCCUUCGCACACUGGCAGUCCGCUAUCCCAGUGUUCCAGUGACUCCGAGCCAGACAGCCCCUUCACUGAUGAAGCCAAGGUGCAAGUCAAGCAGGAACUACCGUCUCCCCCCAAUUCGGGGAUGUUGGACCGCUCUCGCAUGGCGCUCUGCGUUUUCGUCUUUCUUUGUCUCUCCUUCAAUCCCCUGUCCUUCUUGAUGGGUGGUUCCAGGAGCCAAGAGGCCUCUGUCAGCUCUGCGUUUCAUGGAAGUGGGAGAAGCAUGCUGGAAAUGCCUUCCUCUGAGAGCUCUUCAUGGUUCAGCUGGUUUACUCCAUCCGCUCUCCUCUGGCCUGUAAACCUGAUCAUUGUGCUUUGCGUCUCCAUCCGCCUCUUCAUUUACGGCGAGCCGGUCACGCGGUUACACUCGGAGUCCUCAGUCCAGUUCUGGUGCCACCGCAAGCAAGCCGAUGUCGACCUGUCUCGGGGGGACUUUGCCCAGGCCUCGCUUCACCUCUGGAAAGCCCUGAAAGCUCUGGGACGACCUCUCCCCACGUCUAACUUCGACCUUUGCUGCAGCCUGAUGUGGAGCGUCAUACGCUACGUCCUGCAACGGCUCUGGGUGGGGCGCUGGUUGGCGGGGAGAGCCGGGGGGUUCCGCAGGGACCAUCAGCUGAAGGACGAUGUGAGGAAGAGCUGCAGAGAGGCCGCCCUGGUGUACCACCGCCUGCACCAGCUGCACAUGACCGGGAAGCAUGCGGGUGGCCAUCUGUCGGCCAUCAACAUGGCGCUGAGUGCCGUCAACCUGGCAGACUGCGCUGGCAACACCAUCUCAGUAGCCACGCUUGCAGAGAUCUACGUGGGAGCAGCAUUGCGUGUCAAAGCCAGUCUGCACCGGCGCUUCCAUUUCCUGGCGCGCUUCUUCCUAUGCAGCGCCCGCCAGGUUUGCCUGGCACAGAGUGUCACCAUACCUCCUGCCAUGCAGUGGUUGUGCCAUCCUCUGGGCCAUCGCUUCUUCGUAGAUGGGGACUGGAGUGUGAGGAGCUCCCCCCGGGAUACCGUCUACAGUACAGCUGGCAGCACAGUGGACCCUCUGGCUCAGGUGACUCAGGCGUUCCGUGAACACCUCUUGGAAAAGGCUCUGUAUUGCGUGGCACAGCCGGAACAGGGAAAACCCAUGACGGACGGCGAGGGGGAGUUCUCUGACGCUCUGGAGUAUUUGCAGCUGCUGAACGGGUGCUCCGAUAACGCCGCUGUGCCCAACCACACCUUUUCCAUCAGCUCCAGUAUGACCGCCGUCACAGGAACCGACCCCGUGGCCAAGUGGUGGGCAUCUAUCAUCAUCGUGGCUAUCAACUGGCUUCAAGGAGAUGAUGAAGCGGCUCAGCGGCUCUAUCCAGUGGUAGAAUACAUGCCGAAAUCUCUUCAUGCCACAGAGAACCCUCUGCCUAAAGCCGCCCUGUACGCCUUCAAAGCAGUACGGAUGCUCCUGGGGAAACAGGACAGCACUCAGGUCAGCCUGAGUCAAUGCGACAAGGCCAGCGGAUACUUGCGAGACAGCCUGACCUCCGGUCCUUCUAGUAACAUCAGCGUGGACAAGGCAGUGCAGCUCCUAAUGUGUGACCUUCUCCUGGUGACCAGAACGAACAUCUGGCAGCAGCAACAGCAGAACCCGACGGGGCAGCAGCAGAGCCUCGUCCACCAGGCGUCCCCCCAGGAGCUCCGAGGCUUCCAACUGGAUCUGAGCAGCCUGCGUCGACUUGCACAAUCCUUCCGACCCGCCAUGCGCAGGGUCUUCCUACAUGAAGCCACGGCUCGUCUCAUGGCGGGGGCCAGCCCAACCCGAACACAUCAGUUGCUGGACCGGAGCCUGCGCAGGAGGGUACCUCCGUCUAGUAAUGAAGCAGGCACCCGAGAAGCCUCGCCGACCACGCGGGAGCAUGCCGAAGCCCUCCUCCUGGCGUGCCGCUACCUGCCUCCGUCGUUCCUGUCCGCCCCAGGGCAAAGGGUGGGCAUGCUGGCCGAAGCUGCCCGGACUCUAGAGAAGCUCGGCGACAAACGCACCCUGCAGGACUGUCAGCAGUUCAUCCUGACGCUGGGCAGCAGCACGGCUGUGACCUCCAGCUAGGAAGACGUCACCUCCCGCACAACCGGCAUAGAU